UUAGCGGAUGAAAAUAUCCGAUUCUCUUUUCACGAAAAACACGAAAACUUAUCUCGGAAAUAAGUUCCAACUAACCUCACUUAAACCCAGUAAGCACCCGUAUACGCAUCCCCCACCCCUGGUACUGUAAUACUAUUUUUAUUCAAGAAGACACGGAAUCGCAAACUUUGGACACAGAAAGAGGCAGAGUAGAAUGUAUAUAAUAUGCCUCCACCGAACUUCCGCAAGGACUUGUUCACCACUUCAUGACGUUUAACGACUAUUAUAAAAUGACGCUUGACAUCUUGACGAUCAUGCUUCUAGGACGCUUGACGAAAUCAUAUUUUAAGCGAUGACAUUUAAUUUAUACAGUAAUGCGUUAUCAUUUACCACGAGUUAUUCAAUUUGAUUGUAUUUGCAUUUAAAACAGUCAAAGGUAGAAUUUUAGAUUUAGAUUAACAAACACAAGAUUGAGUUUAUGACUUGUAACUUACUGGUAAUAUUUGAAAAUGCAACGUACAUCAACAAAACGACGGAAACUUAAAUAGUAUUACAUGAUGUUUGUUUUUUUUUAAGUAUUUGCAGUAUUUUUGGCAUUUAUGCCACUUUGCAAUGGCGCGUUCAAUUCGAUGCUUCGCAAAACACGGGUGGUAAACGGCCGCACCAUUCGCCGCUCGGAGUGGCCAUUUUUGGUCUCGCUGCACUACUUGCACUCGUUCCCUUUCACAUCGCAGACCCACAUGAAGCACCUCUGCGGAGGAGCCCUCAUCAAUCCCAGAUAUGUCAUCACUGCCGGACACUGCGUGGGAUUCUUCAAAGAGCUACAGGAUGUAAACAACUGGAACGUUGUCCUCGGAGAACACAAUCAGUACCUGCCGGAUCUAGGAGAGCAGGUUAUCAAACCGGAAAAGUUUUUUAUCCAUCCUGGAUUCCAACCCUUCUCAACUUUUACUCUUCAAAACGACUUGGCGCUGAUUAAACUGAACAAAGACGCUGACUUGAGUACAAGCUUCGUAAACACCAUACCUCUCGAGGAGAAACAGGACAUAAAGGAGCUCACACAAUGUGAAAUCGGAGGCUGGGGACAAGUAUCCAGUGAGCCUUAUGGCUACGGCAUGUACAUCCCACUGAAGACGAACCUGUACGUUGUCAACAACGAUACGUGCUUCGAGGCGUACGAGUCUCUCACCUACGACGUAGGCGACCUGCGCAUGGUGAUCGACGAUAACGUCCUGUGUGCCGGGGUACCUUACGCGUUGAACUCAAAACCGGAUGUCGAUCAUGGCUACAAUGACGCAUGCAACGGAGAUUCAGGGUCUCCGCUGGUGUGUCCUACCGGACCAAACAAGGAGUAUCAUCUUGUGGGGUUGGUUUCCGCCGGAAAGGGAUGUGGAACGGGAAGGUUCCCUGGCAUCUACACCAAGGUGUCGCAAUACAUCGACUGGAUCAACGACAUCAUUGCCAAAGAGUAGAAACUUAGAGUCUUAGUUUGAAUAACUAUCAUGUACUUCAAAUUAAUAUUGAGUCAGUGAAAAUAACACACAGCCGCUUUAAUUGGCUUUAUUCGGAACUUUACUCGUCCCUAGCUACAACAACUUUUCACUGUAAUGUAUCACCUACUGGUAUCACAUUACUAUUCGAAUAGUUACAAAAUAUUUCAGGUCAUUUCAAUUUGAAUUACAAUGCAUAUUUACUGGUAGUUCAUACAUUUGUAUUUGUAGCGCAUAUUUCAGUUUAACAAAUAUUGAAUCUUAGUUUUUCACAGACACAUCGUAUUAACCCUUUGCAUGCUGGGUAAUUUGUCUUCUGCUAAAAUGUCGUCUGCUGAAUUUCUAAAAUUAGCAUUUUCUUCGAUUUUUUUCAAAGAAUACUAUCAGAA